UUAGUGAAUGCAAGAUAUCUAAAACAUUUUUAUCCUAAACAAGACUUAUUGAGAUUUUAGUUCAUUUUAUAUUUUUCUUAAGCUCAUAUUAUUAAUCUAUCAGCUGAUCGGAUUCAUAUCUCCAAAGCAAACUCCACAACCUUGACAAUGGCUCACUCUCAUUCUGCACAAAACCCAGUGACCGAGCAGCGGAGAGUGAUUAUUACGAACAAGCAUGGAGAAAAACUGGUGGGAAUCUUGCAUGAAACUCAGUCUAAAGAGAUCGUAGUCUUGUGUCAUGGUUUCAACCGCAGCAAGGAUGACAUUAUUCUGGUGAACCUUGCUGCUGCUUUAGAGAAAGAAGGAAUCAGUGUCUUCCGUUUCGAUUUUUCAGGAAACGGCGAAAGUGAAGGUCCGCCACAGUUUGGUGGCUUUUAUCGAGAAGCUGACGAUAUACGCACUGUAGUUCAGCACUUCUCCGGGGAAAAUCGUGUCGUAAGUGCAAUUCUCGGGCAUAGUAAAGGAGGAAGUGUGGUGCUCCUUUAUGCUUCUAAGUAUCGAGAUAUCGGAAUAGUCGUAAAUGUUUCCGGCUGCUACGACGUGAAGAGAGGCCUUGCAGAAGCCUUGGGAGCGGACUAUAUGCAAAGAAUUAAGAAGGAUGGAUACAUCGAUAUCAAGAACAAGACAGGAUGCGUUGAAUACCGCUUGACCGAGGAAGAUUUGAUGGAUAUCUUGAGAACCGACAUUCCUAAAGCUUGUCUUAAGAUCGAUAAAGAAUGUCGGGUUUUAACCGUUCAUGGAUCCGAUGAUGACAUAAACCCGGUCGAGGAUGCACUGAAGUUUGCCAAAAUCAUAAUUAAUCACCGAUUAUUCAUUAUAAAAGGUGCCGAUCAUUUUUACACCUCGCAUCAGAUCGAGUUGACAUCGGCUGUUGUUAAAUUUAUAAAUCCGACCUUAGAGUAAGAUAAGAUUGUCCUAAAAUAAGUUGUUUUAUGUGAACCAUGGAUGAUAUUCGAUU